AUGUCAGGUUGUUUGAGGGUUACUGAAAGAUCCUUUGUCCAUGAAAACGUAUUGGCCGGUGUAGUACGUCAUCACAAAGUUAUGGAUGGUGAAUGUGGAUUGAAUGAGAAGACAAAGUGGAUUGGGGAAAUGAAUGGGAUAAUCUUAGAUCGGCAUCGCGAAAGGAUUCAGGGUACACCAUUCAAAUGGUGUUUGGACAUGCAAGAACCAUUAAAGAUAUGUAACCCUCUUUUGCUUGAGUUAUUGAAGCGUUGGCUACCUGCUCAGGAAUCAUUUCGUGUCAUGCAACGGUCAAUUCCUUUUACUUGUGCUGACAUUUGCAUGUCUUUAGGGUUGUCGGUUGUUGGGUUAGAUGUUGAUUUUGAUAAAACUGUUUGUGGGGUAGUGGGUGGACUUUUGCAAGACAAAAUAGUAACCGUUAAAACCAUUAUUGAAAUGAUUAAGAGUUUGGUAGGUAGUGAUUCUAAUGAAGUUGAUAACGUUUGUCGUUUGUACAUAUUUGUUUGUUUUGCUGUGUUUUACUUCCCUAGAAAUUCAAAAACAAUCAGUAACAUACCGUGUAGUGUUUUAGAUGAUAUAGAUGGGCUGUCCAAUUACAAUUGGGGUAAGACAGUUCAUAGUUUUUUAGUUAAAAGUUUAAGUCGGGGUUUUCUGGCACUUGGGCAGACAGAGCUUUGCUUAAGUGGUGCCGCACAAGUGUUGCAGAUUUGGGCUGUAGAAAGACUUUCAUUGGGUGGCCCAGAAUUGCAGUUAAUUUUUCCGAGAAUAUUGGCGUGGCCGGAAGUUCACUUCAAGUCAAGACGGAUUGAGAAGUUGUUCCAGGAGAGCAAAAUAUGUGUGGACUGGAGGCUAAGAGAAGAAGACAAGGAAAAUAUUAUGAUUCGUGAAGCGUUGCAACUUGGUGACGAACCAAAGUCUGAAAAAUCCCAUGUGGAUAUCAAGUUGGCUUCCACAAAAGUUCUGCUGCAGAGGCUGAGAACCCAUAGAACACGGCUACGCAUGAUGAAGGAUGAAAUGACUCUGAUGCGCGAAGAGAUAGCAUUGCGAUGUGAUGGUGGAAUUGACAAGGGUGCGCAACAAGGGCAGGACAACGACGGUGAUGAGGUGGAGGUGGAGGUGGAGGUGGAGGUUGGAAAGCGUGACACUGAUGAACAAGUUCCUGCUGAUGAUGGAAAUGUCGUUGAAGGAAGUAGUGGUGGUGAUGUGGGGAGUGGCCUUGAUAUGAACCGUCCAUCCCAUGGAGGCAUUUCUGAUGAAGUUGAACCGCUUCAAGCCAUAGUUCCCUAUGUUCCGCAACAGCCUCAAAUGACUCAAUUUAAAGUUGAUUACAUUAAGUUGUAUAGCAGUAUUACAGUUUUCGGUGUACCAAACAGGGUGGUUUGCAACAUCAAUGGGCAAAUUCUGGGCACGAAUGAGUGUUGGGGUUUUGGUCCUGGAAAGAAGGUGGACAAUAUGGCUGUUCUAUUUGCUGCGAGCACAAUGAUGUUCUUUGAACGACGUCGAUAUGGUCAUGUCAAGAGAAUACAUUUCAAUCCUUUGUAUACGACCCAUGUACUGACUGACUCACGGAUGAUGAUUGUUAAGAGACGUCAAUGGACAUUGAGAGACUACGGUGCCUACUUUCGUGCAGGCCUUAUUGUGUUGGAGGACAUUUUGUCUGCUGAUUUUUUGUUUGCUCCAAUUGUGAAUGACGAUCAUUGGUGGUGUUAUGUCGUCAAUUGUAAAGAGAAGAAGUUGUACGUGCUUGAUUCGAUAGGCCAUUCCAACAAAAGUCGCAGAAGAAUAGACAACGCAGUUGCUCGUAAUAUGGGAUUACUUUUUGGGAUGUUGAUGAAGUGUUCGGAAGAUGACUACCCAAAAUUUGAAGUUCACUGCCACAUAACUCCCAUUCAACCGAACUUAUACGAUUGUGGCAUUAUUGUUCUUCAAAUGAUGGAGUUGUGGGACGGUGAGAAGAAAUUUGAUGGCAAUACCAUGCCUAAUUACACUAAUGAACAACUUCAACUGAUUAGACAGCAAUACAUUUGGCGUUGGAUCCUAGAUGUUGACAAUAUCUACAGGCAAGAAGUCCUGCAGUACUACAACGCGCUUUUAUAG